CAAAAAGAACGCAAUAAUUGCAUUCUGAAAUUGCAGUAACUUUUAUUAUACUUAUCAAAAUACCAGAAUAUUAUCUAAAAAGAUAAAUAAAUUAUAAUCUUCAAAAUUGCGCUCCUCCGAGAACUACUUAGGAGAAUAAUGGAGGACAACGCUACGGAUGAUGGUGACCACAACGAGCCGGAUAGCGGCGGGGGAGAUCCAAACGACGAGGACGAGGACACGGACGAGGAGGAGCAGCAGUUCGACAUAUCGCUAGCGGCAUCUCACUCGUAUAUGGGCGCGGGGCUGGUGGCUGUGGGCGGGCGCUGCGUGCUGGAGGCGGGGUGGGAGGGUCGGGUGCCGGUGCUGGCGCACCACGGGGCGGUGUUCCCCGGGGAGACCGUGCCGAUGCUGCUGCCGCACGCGCACGACGCCGCCGUGCUCGCGCGCGCCAUUAAGAACGACAAGCUGUUUGGUCUGCUCUGUCCUGACGAGAGCGGCACGAUGGUGUCGGGGUACGGGGUGCUGUGCGAGGUGUUCGAGGCGGGGCUGGCGGAGGGCCAGGACGCGCCCUCCUCGCUCACCUUCAAGGCGCGCGCCAACCACCGGUUCCGGUUCGUGGAGAUGCCCAAGCGCUCCGUGCCCAUACACAUAUACAAAAGGAUGCGGUCGGUGGAGGUGCGCGUGCUGCCCGAGGUGCAGCCCGGGGCUCCGCUGCGGCACGCGCGCCUGCUGCCGCCGCCGCCCCCCGCCGCGCCCGCCCCGCCCGCGCUGGACAGCCGCAUGCGCAGCAUGGACGCGGUGGUGACGCCGUGGCCGCUGUUCCUUUACGACAUCUUCGACUAUCGCCGCAUGCGGCAGAUCAUCGAGGAAUACUUCAAAACUAUCAUGUUCGACAAGCUGCCGGAGGACCCCGUGUCGCUGUCGUUCUGGGUGGCGUCCAACCUGACGCUGUCGGCGCGGGACCGGCUGGCGCUGUUCGUGGUCGACAACGCGCUGCUGCGGCUACACAUGGAGGUCAAGCUCAUCAGCAGGAAAAGCGUGCUGUGCUGUUCUUCCUGUAUGGGGGAGAUCGCGCGGCGGGAGAACAUAUUUGCCAUGUCCAGUGAGGGUGUACACUCCAAUUACACGAAUUUAGGCGGGUACAUGCACGACAUCGUGACGGUGUCUGCUGCCACCAACACGGAGCUGUCGGGCUCGCCGUCGGCCGAGUACUCGUGGUUCCCCGGGUACACCUGGACCGUGGCGCUCUGCCUCGGCUGCAUGGCGCACGUCGGAUGGAGGUUCGACGCCCAGAAGCGCAACUUGAGGCCGCAACGGUUCUACGGUCUGUGUCGCAACUAUGUGCAGCCGCGCGCACACGACGACCGGGACCGCUCUUAUACACCGCCGCUGCCGCCCGGGCGACAACUGCUGCUGCCCGACUGAACUGCGGCCCGACCUCACCGCUCCACAUACACCACCACCGCCGCUGCCGCCCGGGCGACAACUGCUGCUGCCCGACUGAACUGCGGCCCGACCUCACCGCUCCACAUACACCACCACCGCCGCUGCCGCCCGGGCGACAACUGCUGCUGCCCGACUGAACUGCGGCCCGACCUCACCGCUCCACAUACACCACCACCGCCGCUGCCGCCCGGGCGACAACUGCUGCUGCCCGACUGAACUGCGGCCCGACCUCACCGCUCCACAUACACCACCACCGCCGCUGCCGCCCGGGCGACAACUGCUGCUGCCCGACUGAACUGCGGCCCGACCUCACCGCUCCACAUACACCACCACCGCCGCUGCCGCCCGGGCGAC